UUCAUCGCCUUUGCCUCUUUAUUCUUCAUUCUAGUUUCAAUCACAACCUUUUGCCUGGAAACUCAUGAGGCUUUCAAUACUAUUAUAAACAAAACUGAGCAGGUUGUCAACGGGACAGAAACUGUGCUACAGUAUGAAAUUGAGACAGAUCCUGCCCUGACGUAUGUGGAAGGGGUCUGUGUGGUAUGGUUUACAUUUGAAUUUUUAGUACGCGUUGUGUUUUCCCCCAACAAACUUGAAUUCAUCAAAAACCUCUUGAAUAUCAUUGACUUUGUGGCCAUCUUGCCCUUUUACCUAGAAGUGGGCCUGAGCGGGCUUUCCUCCAAAGCUGCUAAGGACGUGCUUGGUUUCCUCAGGGUGGUAAGGUUUGUGAGGAUCCUGCGAAUCUUCAAGCUCACCCGACACUUUGUGGGCCUCAGGGUGCUGGGCCACACUCUGAGAGCCAGCACCAACGAAUUUUUGCUGCUGAUAAUAUUUCUGGCACUCGGUGUUUUGAUAUUUGCCACCAUGAUCUACUACGCAGAGCGGGUGGGAGCCCAGCCUAAUGACCCGUCAGCGAGUGAGCACACGCAAUUCAAAAAUAUCCCUAUUGGCUUCUGGUGGGCUGUGGUCACCAUGACCACCCUGGGGUACGGGGAUAUGUAUCCACGGACUUGGUCAGGCAUGCUGGUGGGAGCCUUGUGUGCGUUGGCGGGGGUGCUCACCAUAGCCAUGCCCGUGCCUGUGAUAGUUAACAAUUUUGGGAUGUACUACUCCCUGGCCAUGGCAAAGCAGAAACUGCCAAGGAAAAGAAAGAAGCACAUCCCUCCUGCUCCUCAAGCCAGCUCACCCACCUUCUGCAAGACGGACUUGAAUAUGGCCUGCAAUAGCACACAGGGUGACAUCUGCCUGGGCAAGGACAACCAGCUGAUGGAGCACAACAGAUCAUCAGUGUUAUCAGGUGAAGACAGUGCAGGAAGUGAGCAGCCACUCUCACCUGGUGAAAGGCUCCCUCCCAUCAGACGCUCUAGUACAAGAGACAAAAACAGAAGAGGGGGAACAUGUUUCCUACUGACAACAGGGGAUUACACGUGUGCUACUGAUGGAGGGAUCAGGAAAGAUAACUGCAAAGAGGUUGUCAUUACUGGUUACACGCAAGCAGAAGCCAGAUCUCUUUCUUAAUGGCUUGGGGAAGGCACAAAACAUGCAAGAAAGUGUUGUACAGAAUUUAUCAUGGAUUUUUGACUGCUGAAAAAGGGACAAUGGAAUUUAGCCAUACCAAGGACUGUACUGGAAAGAGACUGCUGCUGCUGAAUGGGCCCUGAUAAACAACUCACACCUUGAAGAGGUCACUGAGGCUUUACAUGCGAAGUAGAGCUUGUUAAAGAAGAUUAAAGACUACUCAUAAUUACUGCUGCCAGAGAAAGGGGUGACUAGUCACUGUUGAUGAGUCAGCUGUAAAUAAAAUGUGUGUGCAUGGAAUAUCAGUUUUUAUCUGUAUCAAAGAAAGCUGAAUUCAAGUCAUCAUUGCUCAGGCUCCAGGCUCCAUGCAAAGACCCACACCCCUGUGCGUAUUACUCCUGGUUCCUGCAGUAAGUUGCGCUGUGGAUCAUACAAAAACACACACUUAAUAAUGAUAGUGAUGUAAACUACAUCUGUUUUGACUUCUGUCAUAACAAUGGUACAUUUUGCAAAGGUCACAAAUAUGAAGAGAGUAGGUUUGCAUUAAGUCCUUGCUUACUCAGUUUGCCAUGACCUAUAUUUGUAUGAAUUCUAGUGUACAUGCCAAGUCUUAAGUUUAAUUUUCACUUUGAU